CUUCGAUAGAAUCAAUCCAGUCAUUGUCCUGCAACUGGUACAUCAACGUCUGCGGUACGCUGCGUACUACGCGCUGUCCUCUACAAUAAAGUGCAUAACGUGAUGAAUGAACUCUCACCCGGAAGUGAUCUGUGUAAUGAGACCUUAGCGAAAAAUAGCUGGCUGAACAUAAUUAAGUUAGUGCUAUUCGUCAUAAACAUGAUUCACUUCGUCAUAACUUCCUGGUUUUAGUUUCUGUUUUGAUGAUUAAUUUUUUUUUUAUUCUGGAUUACUAAGACAAAUAUGUACUAACAAAUGAAUGUCAGAUAAUGGAGGAUUACAAAGCUGCUUGAGCAAUCCAGAUUUUGUAAGGAACUUGUAUAAGUUCACACAAUGGCCUCUGUACAUCCACCACUGAUGAAUACGAGUCAGUCCAUUGGGAUGACUGGCAGGGCAACACUGAGAGGCAACAGGUCUGCACCUGUAGAACAGCUGAAGGAAACCUCCAAGAAGCUGGAAGCUGCAAUACAAGCUGGUGACUUGGACAAAGCCAAACAGUUUGCAGAGGAGCUGGCCACGGAAAAGGUCAAGGUCAAUCUAGAGAUAGAUGCGCAGACUUAUGAGAUGCGGUUGAAAGAACAAAGCUUCAGUCUGAAGGUGAUAAUUGAAGACCGGGUGUCAACUGGGACUUGUGUGUAUCUGACCGUGAAGCCUAGUGACACUAUACUUGAUCUUAAGAGAAGGAUGAUGAUUGACUACGACUUCCCCAUUGAAGUCCAGCGGUGGAUAAUUAGUCUUCGUGUCUGCGAGGAUCACAGGACCUUACAACAUUAUCAGGUCAAAUGUCAAGGCUGCACUGCAUACCUCUACAUGAUAACUGCCAAGUCGGUGCAUCUUGACCACGAAAAGCAUGAAAGGAACAGAAAUGAUGCUUUGAAUGGCAUACCAUAUCCUAGUGAAAUGCAAAGUGGAGAUUACAUGACAAUGAAAAACCCAAUGAUGCAUACGAUGCCAACAAAUUUCCGUCAGACCCCUGCAGGCGCAGAUGGAAUGGGAGAAGGCUAUAGUGCAUGGGAUUCUAAACCUACGACACCGAGAAACAGCGGAAAUCUUCCCAGUGGACUCAUGAGUGGUAGCAGUGAGGCACAUGUCGAACCUGUCGUCGAGGUGGCAGGUGGAGAGGAGGUGCCACACCUGUUGACAGCACCCCCGCCACAAGCCAAUCAACAGCAAGUGGGGUGGCAGUGCUCGGCCUGUACAUUAGUAAACAAGCCGACGCGGCCAGGCUGCGAGAUGUGUGGGUCCGAACGUCCAGCUGAUUAUAAAGUACCGGAGGGCUACGUUCUGUCUGAGGAGGAGCGGCGGUGGAUCGCUCAAACACAGGAGACAGAGCGACUAGUUCAAGAGGCAGAAAGAGAACAGGAUCGUCAACAGAUGGAGAUGAGAGCCCAGAACUUCAACCAGAUGUUACAGCUCGAUGGUCAGGAUCUCGUUCCCAACGGAGAACUCUUCGACUGCCCCAUCUGUAUGGAGAGCAUUCCGCCAGGGAACGGGGUCGUCCUGCGAGAGUGUCUGCACAUGUUCUGCAAGGAAUGUUUAAUGGAUGCCGUUCGAUACAGUGAAGAAGCCGGACUGAAGUGUCCAUACCUAGAUGAUGAAUAUUCAUGUGCCACCAUGCUGCAAGACAGGGAAAUCAGAGCAUUGGUACCUGAUGAAAUGUAUGCACGAUAUCUCCAGCGCAGUCUUGACUUGGCAGAAAGCCAGGAGGAGAACAGUUACCACUGCAAGUCGGCUGACUGUCCUGGCUGGUGUAUCUACGAGGACAUGGUCAACUUCUUCAAGUGUCCAAUCUGUUCCAAGGAAAACUGCCUCACCUGCAAGGCCAUACAUGAAGGCAUGAACUGCAAGCAGUACCAGGAGGAUUUGAGGAUACGAGCACACAACGACGUAGCUGCUAAACAAACUCACGAUAUGUUGGAGCGUAUGUUGACAGAAGGCAAUGCAAUGCACUGCCCCAAGUGCAAGGUUAUCGUUCAGAAAAAAGAUGGGUGUGACUGGAUAAAAUGCUCCAUAUGCAAAACAGAAAUCUGCUGGGUCACUAAAGGACCCAGAUGGGGUCCCAUUGGUGAAGGAGAUACAAGUGGAGGGUGUCAGUGUCGUGUAAAUGGUGCCAAGUGUCACCCGGACUGCAACAACUGCCACUAACACACUACGUGCAUCUUCGCAUACACCUUGAAGAACUACCAAGGAAAAUAUUUUCAAAAUAUACAAGUUUUUGUUUACUCUUCAUCAUUCAUCACAUGAUUUAAUCAGCACUUAGCCUGUUAGGUGUAUGGUAAUUUGAAAAAAAAAGAGAUCCAGCCAGUACAGAGAAUGAGAGAAGAAACCUGCUGGCCACAUGGUUAUUCAAGUUACAUGUGCAACAAUCAUGUGCUCACCACAAGAACAAGAUCAUGAUAGCAAUCAUACGUUCCGGGCAUAAAAUAUUCUUUUAAAAUUUCAUUUUGUACCCAAAAAUAUGAUUUCCAGUUCAAACAUUAAGGUUAGGGUUAGCGUUUAUGGGUUUGACUCAGAAUAAACAUUUUGGAGUAUG